CUUUUCGGCAAAGAAGAUAUCGUAUCUGUGAUUUUUGAAACAUCUCAUUGGUUCCUAUGCCAUCUUCCAAACAACCGUGACGCUGCAAUAAAAAGAUACUCUUAACUCAAGACAUUUAUUCUAAAUCAUUAGGAACAAAACGUUUCGCAUUCGAUUGACUAGAGAAUAAGAAAAAUCGAUUCACACUUUCGUAUGAAAGAAUUAGUGCUUAAAAAAUUUAAACUGGAUUUUUGAAAAAAAUUGCUUCAUUUCGAUCAAAGACUGCUUCGACUUUCAACGAAGUCUUGCACUAAUGUAUGGUCAGCAGAUUUUGACCAAAGAAUUCUUACCGUCUUGGUGUCGUUUGAUUUUUAGUAUCGUCUGCGAUAUAUUUUUUCAGACGAGAAUUAUUUAUUUAUAUCCUUCGUACCUUAAAGUUAUUUAGUCUAAACUUAAAAGUUGUAGUAAAAAGGCAUGAAGUAGUCUUACGAAAUAAUCAAUCGCAGUGAAUAGGAAAAGCAAAAAAUAAUGAAUUCGCCGAGAAAAAAUUCUGGUGAUAGUCAGCAAACCAGAUUUCAAGUCUCUACCGUCGGUGUGGACAAUCCUGGGUUUGAGUCCGAUCAACAACAUAAUGAACAAUCUCCAGGAUCAGAACCCAGAGCACGAAAACUCAGCAUCCCAAAUAUCAUCAAUUCAAUUGUGACAAGAAAGUCAUCCAUUCCCAAGAGAACCCCUUCCAUAUCCUUGCAAGUAAACGAUGGCAAUGAAGGUUUACCGAGGAAAGUUUCCAGAAAGGACAGUUUCGCAAAUUCCAUUUUCUUGGAACUCUUCAAAGAUUCUGACCACUGCGUCUUGGAUUACCAAUUAGAAGCCGCCCCCAGGCUCGAGAGCUACACGAAUUCCAUGACCACACACAAAUAUGUUGUCAGACCAUCUCUUGAAGCUUUGCAUCAACCCACCACCAUACCCGAGUGUCAUCCAGCUCUUCAUCCGGGUAAAGGUCAAUUUACGGGUGCCAUAAAAUUUGGAUGGAUCAAAGGUGUUUACAUUCGUUGUCUCUUGAACAUUUGGGGAGUGAUGCUAUUUCUUAGAAUGGGCUGGAUGACUGGGCAAUGCGGAAUAAUUCUUGCUACCCUAAUUGUGCUACUCUCAACAGUUGUAACUGUAAUCACCACCCUUUCCAUGUCUGCCAUUUGCACAAACGGGGAUGUCAGAGGAGGUGGGGCUUAUUAUCUCAUUUCUCGAAGUCUUGGUCCAGAAUUUGGAGGUGUCGUUGGUAUUCUUCUCUUUUUAGCCAACGCUGUUUCCGGAGCUUUGUAUAUUUUAGGAGCGGGAGAAGCCAUCAGAGAUAUCCUAAGGGAAUGUGGAACGGGACUCGUUGAGUUUCCCAGUGACGUGAAUGAUAUCCGAGUGACCAGUGUCAUCUGUCUCCUUGCCAUGAUGUCCAUUACAGGUAUCGGAAUGGCAUUCGAGAACAAAACACAAAUGGUAUUGCUGGUCAUUCUUCUGAUUGCCAUGAUGGACUAUUUUGUGGGUGCAUGCUUUCCAGCAAAGGACAAUCAAAUAGCUCAAGGAUUUGUAGGCUUCAAUGGUGCUGUUGGAUUAGCUAACAUGGGUCCAGACUUCAGAGGAGAAACUUUCUUUAGUGUUUUUGCCGUCUUCUUUCCCUCUGUUACAGGAAUUUUAGCCGGAGCCAACAUUUCAGGAGAUUUAAAGGAUCCAUGCAUGGCGAUACCAAAAGGAACCUUACUGUCCAUACUGACCACAUCGGUCAGUUAUAUAGCUCUGGUAUUUUGGCUUGGAUUCACGACUCUUCGAGAUGCAUCAGGGAGUUUUCAGGAUUACUUGAACAGCACCCUUGAAAAUUGCACCAUUCAUUCAUGCCACUACGGUUUGCAGAACGAUUACCAGGUUAUGAAAAUGGCGUCAGGUUAUGGACCAAUAAUUUAUGGUGGCAUUUUUGCCGCUACUCUUUCGUCUGCUCUGGUAUCCAUUGUUAGUGCUCCUCGAAUUCUACAGAAACUUCACAGUUACAGUGAUUUGAAUGCUGUGGCGCCAAUUAUUUCGAAUUUCUUUAUGGCUGCAAAUGGUCUCAUCAACUUUUCAUGUUUUCACGCAUCCUACGUCAAAUCACCAGGUUUUCGUCCUGGAUUCCGGUACUACAACAAAUGGUUGAGUCUUAUGGGAGCACUAUUAUGUGUCGUCAUCAUGUUCGUCAUGAACUGGAUCACAGCACUUGUCACUGACGUUGUUGUGGUCGCUCUUUACAUGUACAUCAGCAAGACAUGCCCUGACAUCAACUGGGGAUCGUCUUUUCAAGGUUUCAUAUACAGAAAUGCCCUCUACUAUCUCAACAAACUUCAAAAAAUUGAAGAUCACGUGAAAAAUUUCAGGCCAGCAGUACUGGUGUUAUCGGGAAAUGUGUGUACUAGACCACAGCUUGUGGAUUUCGCUGCAUUCUUCACAAAAGACUUAGGAUUGCACAUCAGCGCCCAUAUUUCAAAAGAAACAAUCAGUUGGAGAAAGAAACGCUUGCUGAACGAUAUCAAUUCCAAAUGGUUACUGGAGAGAAAAUUGAAAAGUUUCUAUUGUUUGAUAGAGUCUGACACUUUUGUCAGUGGCGUAGAUAGUCUCAUCCAAACGGCAGGCAUUGGGAAGAUGAAACCGAACAUAAUAUUUAUGGGAUUCAAGACUGACUGGAACGUCUGCAACAUCAAGGAUACUUUGGAUUAUUUCGAAGUCAUACAUGACACAAUAGAUGCGCACAUGUCACUCUGCAUUCUGAGAGUGCCUGGUGGCACGAAUUUUUCCAAAUAUUAUGAAAUGGAGGACGGUGUGCCUUACUUAUCGAAUCAGAAGAGAGGGAAAGUGAAAAGGAAUUCAACGGAUUCCAUCGAUGAAACUGCAGAAAAGAAAGUUUCUCUGGAAACUGUUCAAGAAGAACCGAAUGGAACGCCCCCAGCCUAUACCGAGAUAGCCUUGAACGAUGUCCUGGUCAAGAUGCCUGAAGAAGGCGAAAACCACGUUGAAAGAAAACUGACCUAUGCAGAUGUACCACCAGAAAUUGAAGAAAGAGCUAACAUGUUUCAAAAGAAGCAGAAAGGCUACAUCGAUGUAUGGUGGCUCUAUGAUGAUGGAGGUAUGACUAUGUUACUUCCAUACAUUCUGAAGACGAGAUCCCAAUUUAAAGAAAGUAAACUCCGUGUGUUCUCUGUUGCUCAGGAUGAUUCAGCCAUAAGUGAUGAGCAGCUCAAUUUGGCAGCCCUUUUGCAAAAAUUUCGAAUACCUUUCACAGACUUGACGUUACUGCCAGCAGUUGGAGAACCUCUAAAUAAAGAAAGCACAAAAGCAUUUGAGACGAUGGUAUCGAAAUUCCUAUCAAAAGACGAAUUUCAGAAGGAUCCAGCUGUCAUCACCCGAAGCAUGAUCAAUACACUUAAGAAAAAAACAAACCAAUUUUUAAGGUUACGAGAACUGCUAGAAAAACAUUCCAAGAACUCUGACUUAAUCAUUAUGACUGCCCCAUUGCCAAGAAAAGAAGUUAUUUCGGCACCCCUCUACAUGGCGUGGUUGGACACCCUGACCAGAGAUCUUCCACCCUUCCUGUUGGUCAGAGGAAAUCAAACAUCCGUUCUCACUUUCUACUCGUAAAGACCACCAUGAAAAAUGGUGCCCUUUUGUAAUUCCUGUCUAGGUUAGAGAAAGUUGCCUAUUUAAACCAUGCCUGGACAUUGUUACUUUUAUCUAUUAAAUGUAUUAGAGAGAUCACUAUUUAUAUGAUAAAGCCAGUUUGUUGUAAGCUCAGAUAAAUAGCAGCGGAAAUUUUUAUAUACUUACUUGUCUCAAUGUUUGAAAGAUUUUUAAAUUCAUGAUUACUCUGUACAUAGUUUUUAAAAUAAAAACCUUCUU